AUGCGUAGCACAUCAGGGUGCAUCCACACAUUAUUAAAGGUCAAAGGGCUUUAAAGCAGUGCAAUCAUUUUGAAAUUUUUAUCAUUUACUUAUUAUGCUUCAUUAAGUACUUAUACAAGUGUUUAUUAAAAUAAAACCAUUUAAACUGGGUGUUCGGAUUUAUAUGUCACUUAGUAUAGAUAGUUAUAUUUCCUAUUUCAGGAAGUAUUCAGCAACAAAAUCAAACAAAUGCAUUACAUAAAUGUCCCAUCAUUUGCGGAAAGUAUCAUCAGUUUAGCUAAAUCGUUUCUCAAGCCAAAACUUCAAGAAAGGAUACACAUUCACAGUUCAACUGAUGGCCUCAAGAAAUAUAUACCACUGGAGAUUUUGCCGCAGGAUUUGGAGGAGAGGAGCUUUCAUGCAAAGAACUCAAUAGUAUGGUUUUGAAGAAACUGGAAGAGUACCAGGACAGAUUUGAUACCAUCGACCAGCUCAAAGUAGAUGAAAAAUUGCGCCCUACCCCGCUUGUGAAUGACGAAGUGCUGGGAUUCCACGGCAACUUCAGAAAAUUGAAUGUUGACUGAGAGUGCGGAUCAAAGUAUUGAAUGUUGUGACAUGAUAUAUUUUUUAUUUCUAUUCGUUUUAAUACAAGAUACUAUUUUUAAUA